UGGAUUGGGCCCAAUGUUAUCCAUCUGAUGAGAUUCAUAAGCCAAAAGCCCAUCUCACGGCUUUUAAGCAUCGCUUUGACCCCUAACCUCGCAUUCGGAUGCCUGCCUGCCUGCCUUUCGUUGCUGUUAUUCGUUAGGGUUUUCGAUUAAAACCAUAAACGGUGCAUUAGGCGCAUCUCUUUGAUUGCUCGAGCUAAAGAUGAGGCCGAUUUUCGUUGGCAAUUUUGAGUAUGAGACUCGCCAGUCGGAUCUGGAGCGACUGUUUUCUAAACACGGGAGAGUCGAUCGUGUUGACAUGAAAUCUGGUACUGAUGCGAACUUUCUUUUGUUUGGUUGUCGUCUCCUGAAUCCUGAUGAACAUUCCUCUUUUCCCAUUGUUAUUUCCAAUUCCAGUUAUCUUAUGGUUAGUAAUUUGAUUGAUCUGUUCUCUCCACUGCUUACUGGGCAUCAGUGCUCAUUGUUCAAAGGAAUGUCUCAGUUAAGGCAUCAGUAUUUUUCUGAUCUGAUCUCAGUGUUUUUCUGAACAUGAAAUGGUGUGGUGUAAUUUUUAAGUCGUGCAUUUGUGAUUUUAUAGUCUGCAGGGAAUAGUUAUACAUGAUUUGUGUAGUAGGUUUCAUUUUUAUCUGCCUAGUAACACAUAUGUGCUCCUUACUUUCUCGAUGUAUAUAGUCUCACUGCUUGAUGUACGAUACAGAAUCAAAUAAUCCUACAUGUGCUUGACCUCUCACAGGACAUCAACUUUUAAACAAAGCAGUAUGAUUAUAUAUGGUAUUCUUUAUGGUUAGAUCAUAUCGUAUGCAGCACUCUAUAUGUUUAGAUCACAUAUGUGUGCAGAAGAAUGGAAGUACUAGCUAUGGCUGACAAUAGUUGCAGCAUAUUCUAAAAAUUGCAACCUUUAAUGGGAGAGAGAUCUUAAUGGGACAAUUUUUUCUGGAAAAAUUGUCAGCCAUAUUUAAGUGUUUGCUUUGACGCAGGGACAUGUCUUAAGGGAAAAUGAGCUUCUAUCUUUGGCUCAACACCUGUGUCUGCAAUAAUAAACAUUCUAAAGCAAUGGAAACCUAUCUGUGCUAGCCUGCUCUCUCUUCUUCCACUCAUGGAUGGAAGUGUGUGCACGUCUACAUUUCUUUAUACGACCAUCAAUUCAUUGACCACCCACUCACUUUACUACUAUCCAUGUUGACAUUUAACAAGAAUGGUCGUGUUGCAAUACUGUCAGUUCAUCAUGCCAUGCCUACUACCAUCAAUCACUACUAAGUUUAAUGGGGAUCAAUCAAAGAAUUAUAUCAUGCCAUGCCUUCUACUUGUUAGUCUGAUCUCCCGCUGUGAAAUUGGUGAAGCAUUCCUAGGGAUGAGUACUCAGAACUCACAAUUGUGGAUAUAAACCCUUUAAUAAGCAACCAAAUCAUCAUUUACUUCUUGCAAUGCCUCUACGUCCUCUUGCUUUCUUCAGUCCUUCACAUGCCUGCAGGGUUUGCAUUUGUCUACUUUGAGGAUGAGCGUGAUGCUGCUGAUGCUAUUCGUCAUUUGGAUAAUGUUCCGUUUGGGUAUGACAAGCGCAGGCUUUCUGUAGAAUGGGCAAGGGGUGAACGUGGCAGUAGACACCGUGAAGGAACAAAGUCUGUGGCAAACCAGAGGCCAACUAAGACACUGUUUGUGAUCAAUUUUGAUCCUCACCGGACAAGAGUUCGUGAUAUAGAGAGGCACUUUGAACCGUAUGGGAAAAUUCACCAUGUCCGUAUUCGAAGGAAUUUUGCAUUUGUCCAGUUUGAAACUCUGGAAGAGGCAACCAAAGCUUUGGAGUGCACCCAUAUGAGUAAGAUACUUGACAGGGUGGUGUCGGUAGAGUAUGCCCUUAGAGAUGAUGAUGAGAGAGGUGACAGGCUUGAUAGCCCUCCUAGAAGAGACAAUUUAAGGCGUGGGGGUGGGGACAGCCCUCCGUAUAGAAGAUCACCGAGCCCGAUUUAUCGCAGAAACAGGCCCAGUCCUGAUUAUGGUCGCGCGCGUAGCCCUGUCUAUGAUCGGUACAAUGGACCCACGUAUGACCGAGUCAGGAGCCCAGAAUAUGCAAGGCACCGUAGGUAGUUUGUCUUGAAGGUACAACAAUGCGUGAGGGAUAGUAUGAAACUAUGGACUUGUGUAAAUGCAUGGGUUGUGAAGCUCCAUUUUGUGUCAUACUUUGAAUGACUAAAAGAUAGGGGUCUAUCUUUAUCUUAUUUGUUGUUGAUUUAGGCCAUGCACUAUUUUGAUAUUGAUAUUCUGCGUACUUGAACUUUAAUGCCCAUAUGAGGCUCUAGUUUGGUCAAGGUUAUAAACAUCGGGACUUGAGGACAAUUAGAUUAACUCAUUUUCCCGCCUGUGUUUUUGAAAGCUAUAGAACAGACGGACAUUGUCACCCUCCGGGCCUCCGGGGCGUAGCUAGUUUUGUUCUUUGAACGCCCUUCAUAAAAAAUGGACCCCCUUCUUUUUUUGCUCCCAUUUCAUGGCACUUUUACUGGUGGUUAUGGUCAAGUACUCAAGUUGUUGUAA